AUGGCGAGCCCUCCACAGAUGGCAGCAGACCCCACAUUAAAACCAGGUGAAAGAAGGCCCCAGGACAGCCCUGGGCAGGAUCAGCCCUUGUCCUCACCGUCCCCAGGAAGCCCCAGGCCCAGCUUCAGCCCAGAGAGCUGGCACACGGUGUUUAGAACAUUCAUUGCCUCGCGGGAUGCGGACCCCAUCCAGGAUCUGAAGAGGAUCUCAGAGCUGUGCCACCUGUGGCUGAGGCCCGACCUGCACACGAAGGAGGAGAUCAUGGACCAGCUGGUUCUUGAGCAGUUCAUGAUCUCCAUGCCCGAGGACCUGCAGGUCCUGGUCAGGGAGAGCGGUGUGAAGAGGUGCCGGGACCUGGAGGACCUGCUCAGGAGCCACAGGAAGCCCCAGAAAUGGUCCAUCAUUGUUUUAGAAGGACAGAAAUUCCUUAUACAGAAUCCGGAUGCUCAGAUGCUGGAGGCCGUGGCUGGUGAGUCAAAUAGCAUGGUGGACUUGUCCAGCAAGUGCCCAUCCUCAGCCAGCAAGGCACCUCCUCCGAGCAGCGAGGCCAGCCAGGAACUGCAUAACCCCCAGGAGGGCCAGAGACCAGGACAACAGGGUGAGGAAGUCCUGCCAGAGCCGGUUCCUGCCGAAGUAGACCCGCAGAACCAGGGAGAGCAUGUGAAGGAAGGUGGAGACCUCCCUGUCCAGAGGUCUCCGGAGCCUCAGCUGCCGCAGGGUCCUGAUUCUGUGAAGAAGCCCCAAGAAGUUUGUAGUAAAAAUGCGCGCGCUCGCACCCCUGCCACCCUCGCUGGGCAGGGAGAAGAUGCUCCCAUGGAACGCCGUUCCAAACGGCAGAGACGUUCCCAGGAAGCUUCCCACGAAGCCUCCCCGGAUCCCGGCCGGUUCUUGGGUCAAGCUGGGGUAAAUUCAGUAGUUCCACCCAGCACCGCGCCACCUGCGGGCCGGCACCGGUGCGGGGUGUGCCAGAAGGGUUUCGCCUACCGGUCCCAGCUGGUCGUCCACCAGCGGUCUCACACCGGGGAGAGGCCCUUCAAGUGCAGCGAGUGCAGGAAGGGGUUCAUGCAGGCCUCAGACCUCCGCGUGCACAAGCGCAUCCACACCGGCGAGAGGCCCUUCGAGUGCGCCAUCUGCCACAAGCAGUUCACGCACGAGUCCACCCUGCAGGGCCACCGGAGGGUCCACACCCAGGAGAAGCCCUACGAGUGUACAGAUUGCAAGAAGCGGUUCAGCCACAUGGGCAACCUCAACGUGCACCGGCGCAUCCACACGAAGGCCAAGCCCUACACGUGCGACGUGUGCGGCCGCGCCUUCCGCCAGCUCGGGACCUCCAAGCGCCACCGGAAAACGCACCAGGAGAGGCCGCCUGCGCCGGCCCCCAGCCGGGUUUAG